AUGGAAGACGUCAUCGCCCGCAUGCAAGAUGAAAAAAAUGGAAUUCCUAUUCGUACAGUCAAAAGCUUUCUUUCCAAGAUACCUAGUGUCUUCUCUGGGUCAGACAUUGUUCAAUGGUUAAUAAAGAACUUAACUAUAGAAGAUCCAGUGGAGGCGCUCCAUUUGGGAACGUUAAUGGCUGCCCAUGGCUACUUCUUUCCGAUCUCAGAUCACGUGCUCACACUCAAGGAUGAUGGCACUUUUUACCGGUUUCAAACACCCUAUUUUUGGCCAUCAAAUUGUUGGGAGCCGGAAAACACAGACUACGCGGUUUACCUCUGCAAGAGGACAAUGCAGAACAAGGCGAGGCUCGAGCUAGCAGACUACGAAGCUGAGAGCCUGGCCAGGCUGCAGAGGGCGUUUGCCCGGAAAUGGGAGUUCAUUUUCAUGCAAGCAGAAGCACAAGCAAAAGUGGACAGGAAGAGAGACAAGAUCGAGAGGAAGAUCCUCGACAGCCAGGAGAGAGCGUUCUGGGACGUGCACAGACCUGUGCCUGGAUGUGUAAAUACCACCGAAGUGGACAUUAAGAAGUCAUCCAGAAUGAGAAACCCACACAAAACACGGAAGUCUGUCUAUGGUUUACAAAAUGAUAUUAGAAGUCACAGUCCUACCCACACACCCACACCAGAAACUAAACCUCCAACAGAAGAUGAGUUACAACAACAGAUAAAAUAUUGGCAAAUACAGUUAGAUAGACAUCGGUUAAAAAUGUCAAAAGUUGCUGAUAGUCUGCUAAGUUACACGGAACAGUAUUUAGAAUAUGACCCAUUUCUUGUGCCACCUGACCCUUCUAACCCAUGGCUGUCUGACGAUACUACCUUCUGGGAACUGGAAGCAAGCAAAGAACCAAGCCAGCAGAGGGUAAAACGAUGGGGUUUUGGCAUGGAUGAAGCAUUGAAAGACCCAGUUGGGAGAGAACAGUUCCUUAAAUUUCUAGAGUCAGAAUUCAGCUCAGAAAACUUAAGAUUCUGGCUGGCAGUGGAGGACCUGAAGAAAAGGCCCAUCAGAGAAGUCCCCUCCCGAGUUCAGGAAAUAUGGCAAGAAUUUCUGGCUCCAGGUGCCCCCAGUGCCAUUAACUUGGAUUCUAAGAGCUAUGACAAAACGACACAGAAUGUGAAGGAGCCCGGACGAUACACAUUUGAAGAUGCUCAGGAGCACAUUUACAAAUUGAUGAAAAGUGACUCAUACCCACGUUUUAUAAGAUCCAGUGCCUACCAGGAGCUUCUACAGGCAAAGAAAAAGGGCAGAAACAUCCCUAUUUUCCCAUGCCAUAAAAACUGUACACCAACACUGAGGGCCAGCACUAACCUGUUAUGAAAAGAGGGGAAAUCUCUCACGUCAAAGAGGUUAACGAGCCUCGUCCAGUCUUACUAAAAGGAUCACCUUGUAGCACGGAAGCAGACUGGAGUCGUUGCAUAUACUUUGUAGCUCUUUGUUGUCACCUGGAGCAGAGGCCACUAGACCAAGAUGUUGCAUGAGCAAAGGACCUGAAUUGUUCUUUCUUUGUGUGCAUUAAGGGAUUGUCAUCUCCAAGGAACUCUACCAUCUCAAUGCCUCCAUUUCAAUAUGAUGUCUGCUUACUUCCUCCUUGUACUAAGCUGGAUCAAUGUCUUUUCCUUUUUAACAAGUUCAAGUGAAGUAAACCAUUUUUUCCCCCUUUCUCUCUCCUUCUCUUAAAGCUUCUGCUAGACACGCAGUUCACUGAAAACUCAGUCAGUCACAAACUGGAAGAAGUGUAAAAGAAAAAAAGCAUAUAUCAAUAAGUAUACAUAUGGCUUCACAUUUAUUAAAUGAUAAAUUAGCACAGAAAGUUUCAUUUCACCGAUGUAUUCACAGUCAGAAACAAUCUCAUGUCUUUGUUGUCUGUACACUCUCAGUUAAUGUUUCUUGCAUUUAUUUUUAUACCAUAUUUAAACGAGAAACACCUUUUACUCCAAAUGUAUUAAAGUUGAUCCCUUCUCUGUAAAUUUGUGUAUGUUUAUAUUGUUGUUUUAUCU